UUUGAGAAUAACCCAGUUGAUUAGACGUCAUAAUUGACAAAUGUUGCAACACUGACAUGCAAAAUGUUAUUCAAUGAAUCAAACACAACAUUUAUAUUACACUUCAUUAUUUAUACUACAGAACAUACAGUUACAACCAAACUGACAGGAUUCCCUUAAAGACACGUUCAAUAAUUCACAAACUUUAAAGUGAAGUUGCUUUGUAACAAUGCGUGUUGCCUUAAAGUGAUUUAUAAAUGCGGUGAUGUUGGUGAACAUCGCCAUCUAGUGGUCAAAUAAAUAAAGUACAUCAUAAGCGAACAUUAUGUUUGAUCGUACUCGUACAUCGAAAACAUUUCAGUCACUGCAGUUAGUGUCGAUUAAAUAAUUAUUUUGAUCACUCUUCUACUGGCUGAACUGGUUAGUGGCAUGUUAAACUAAUAAAGACUGUAGUAUUAUAAUAAUAUUGUCAUUUAAUAAAAAAUAAUAUUUGAUUUUGAAUAUCCUAUUAAUAAAUAAUAAUUAUCAACCCCAAUUAUAAUUAGUAGUAGUACAGUCGUAUUUAUUAUUGUUGAUAUUAUUGCAAUAUUAACGACCAGCAUUGUUAUUAUAUCUUAAUUUAACCUAAUGUAAAUAUACAUAUUUAAUAUAAAUAUUUGUACUAUGGUAAUCAUCACUGUUGUUGUCAAUGUAAAAAAGUUCAGAACUUCUAUAUUUGUUUGUGUAUAUUACAGAAUUGUGUAUAUUACAGAGGUUUGUCUUCAGGGGUUUUGUUUCACUUGAGGAACACGGACCGGAACACGAAAGAUUGAGCAAGUAAGUGAUUUCCCACCGCAGGAAACACAGAUGAGAUGAAGGGAGACAAACACGGGAAGAUCUCCGCAUUAUCGACAUCGCUUCUAUAGGCUAUAUACACAUCUAUAGGGCUGCUGUUAUAAUGAAACUUAAACACCGAUCAGAAGACUGAAGAAAGCGCUGAAGAGAGAAGAACGGAACGAGCUCUGAGAAUGGACUCUACAUUCAUUCUUCUCCUGUUUGGAUCGUGUCUCAACAUCCAGCUGGUGAAAUGCGCCUCGCUGUGUUCAGUUAGUGGUUUUAUUGCCAACUGCAUAGAUCGAGGUCUUCACCAGGUGCCGGAUCUGCCCGCACAUGUCAUUUAUGUAGAUCUGAGUAUAAACAACAUCCGUGAGCUCAACGAAUCGUCAUUCUCUCAUCCGGACGGUCUGCAAUACCUCAGAAUGGAUCACCAAACACCAGGACUCGUGAUCAGAAACAAUACAUUCAGACGACUCUCGAAUCUACUAAUACUAAAACUGGAUUACAACCACGCGCUGCAGAUAGAGCCAGAAGCGUUUAAUGGAUUACAUCAUCUGAGAACUCUCACCCUCACACAGUGUGGUUUAGAUGACUCCGUUCUGUCCGGUGACGUCCUCAAACCGCUGGUGUCGCUCCAGAAGCUUGUGUUGUGUGAAAACAACAUCGAGAGAAUCCGUCCGGCACCUUUCUUUAUAAACAUGAGAAGCUUGAACAUUCUGGAUCUGUCUGGCACAAAAGUGAAGAGCAUCUGUGAGGAAGACCUGCUGAACUUUCAGGGUAAACAAUUCACACAUUUCAUCUUGUCCUCUGUGAAACUACAGGAAAUGAAUCAGUACUGGUCAGGAUGGGACAAGUGUGGAAACCCGUUGAAGAACAUGUCCAUAGCUACACUGGACCUCUCUAGAAACGGCUUUGAAGUGAACACAGCCAAGAGAUUUUUUGACGCCAUCACUGGAACCAAAAUCCAAACUCUUGUUCUCAGUAGCAGCAGCAUGGGCAGCUCUUUUGGUUUUAGGAAUUUGAAAAAUCCAGACAGAUUCACAUUUAAAGGACUGAAUGCAAGUAGCGUUAAGAUGUUGGAUCUAUCCAGGUCGUAUAUUUUCGCUCUGCAGUUUUCAGUAUUCAGUUCCUUGUCAGACUUAGAAGAAAUAACAUUAGCACAAAAUCAGAUCAACAAGAUUGACAACGAUGCGUUUUUAGGCACGACAAGUUUAUUAAAGCUAAACCUGUCCAUAAACUACCUGGGUGCUAUUGAUUCUAGAACCUUUCAGAAUCUAGACAAACUUCAAGUGCUCGAUUUGUCUUAUAAUCACAUACGAGUGCUCGGAUAUCGGUCAUUUCAAGGGCUCGCCAAUUUACUUCAACUAAAUUUAACCGCAAACAGUCUCGAAUCGGUGCAUGAAUUCGCAAUCUUACCAAACCUAGAGAAGCUCUACUUGGGUGAGAACAGAAUUACGUCAUUGUACAUGUUACCACACAUGGCAAAAAAUCUCACAACUCUUGACCUGGAAUUUAACAAACUAACUGACCUGUCGGAUGUGUACACAAUAGUGCAGGGAUUUCCAAACAUCGAAAAGAUCUUUCUUCAAGGUAACGCGUUUUUCAGAUGUCAGGAUGCGAGACAUCAGACUACGGUAGUUUCAGGCAAACUUCAACUCCUUCAUCUUGGGCUUUCAUCCAUAGAGAUCAUCUGGUCAGGUGGAAACUGUUUAGACGUCUUCGAGCAUCUUCAUCAGUUACAGCAGCUCUCUCUGAGCGCCAACUUUCUACAAUCCCUCCCUAAAAACAUCUUCAAGGAUCUAACAUCUCUGACCUUUCUAGAUUUGUCCUUCAACUCUUUAAAGUACCUUCCCAGUGGUGUAUUGCCCAAAAGUCUACAAAUUCUCAAUCUGGAAUAUAACUCCAUUUAUUCAGUGGAUCCACAUCUCUUUGGUUCCCUCACGCAUCUCAGUCUGCUACAAAACCAGUUCCGGUGCGACUGCACCCUGAAGGACUUUCAGAUGUGGCUAAACGAGUCUAGAACCAUCCUCGUACAUCCUGCUGAAGACGUGACGUGUGCCAGUCCUGAAGAUCACUACAUGAUUCCUGUCUUGAGUUCCAGCAUACAAUGUGAAGACGAAGAGGACGAGACGAAUGUCGAAAAGCUGAGACGUGUGCUUUUCAUUUUCUGUACGGCCUUCAUCGUGUUACUCACCGCCGUCACCAUCAUUUACAUCCGUCGCCGUGGUUACGUCUUUAAGAUUUACAAACGACUCGCAGCCAAACUAGUGGAUGGAAAGCGAGAGGAUCCCGAAGAGGAUGGAUUCUUGUACGACGUGUAUGUCUGCUUCAGUUCCGGUGAUAUAAAGUGGGUAGAGAAAGCGCUGUUGAAGCGACUGGACUCGCAGUUCUCGGAUCAGAACGUCCUUCACUGCUGCUUUGAGGAGCGAGACUUCAUACCCGGAGAGGACCAUCUUACCAACAUGAGAAACGCUAUUCAGAGCAGUCGGAAAACACUCUGUGUGGUGUCGGAGCGCUUCUUGAAGGACGGCUGGUGUUUGGAAACCUUCACCCUGGCGCAGAAAAAAACAGAAGAGGAGUUAAAUGACAUUCUGCUGGUGUUGGUGGUGGGGAACAUACCCCCGUACAGGUUACUCAAAUACAAACAAAUAAGAACAAAAAUCGAGAACAGAAGAUUCCUGGUGUGGCCUGACGACAGUCAGGAUUUACAGUGGUUUUAUGAGCAGCUUAUACACAACAUCAGACAAGACACAAAGAUGAAACAAACAGAUGAUAAAGCAGACGGGAGAGAGACUGAAUUAAAGCUUCAUAUAGACACUGCAAUUAUGAAAGCACUGGGAGAUCCAAAACGACGUUUAUUCUGUUACAGCAGUAAGACGUGGAUAGCUCUCAGAAUGACACCAAGGCAAACAUCAUCCCUGACCACACUCGUAUUAUACAUCAGCCUUCAGACUGUAAAAUGCACCUCAGUGUGUUUAACAGAUGGCUCUGAGGUUCACUGCACAGAUCGAGGUCUUCAACAAGUGCCGGAUCUGCCGACGUAUGCCACGUAUGUGGAUCUGAGCAACAACAACAUUACUGAACUCAACGAAACAUCCUUUUCUCACCUUGAGGGUCUACAAGUCCUCAUACUAAAGCAUCAAACACCAGGACUCACGAUCAGAAACAAUUCAUUUAGAAGACUCUCAAAUCUAACAUCACUUCAGAUGGAUUACAACCAUGCGCUGCAGAUAGAGCCAGAAGCGUUUAAUGGAUUACAUCAUCUGAGAACUCUCACCCUCACACAGUGUGGUUUAGAUGACUCCGUUCUGUCCGGUGACGUCCUCAAACCGCUGGUGUCGCUCCAGAAGCUUGUGUUGUGUGAAAACAACAUCGAGAGAAUCCGUCCGGCACCUUUCUUUAUAAACAUGAGAAGCUUGAACAUUCUGGAUCUGUCUGGCACAAACGUGAAGAGCAUCUGUGAGGAAGACCUGCUGAACUUUCAGGGUAAACACUUCACACAUUUCAUCUUGUCCUCUGUGAAACUACAGGAAAUGAAUCAGUACUGGUCAGGAUGGGACAAGUGUGGAAACCCGUUGAAGAACAUGUCCAUAGCUACACUGGACCUCUCUAGAAACGGCUUUGAAGUGAACACGGCCAAGAGAUUUUUUGACGCCAUCACUGGAACCAAAAUCCAAACUCUUGUUCUCAGUAGCAGCAGCAUGGGCAGCUCUUUUGGUUUUAGGAAUUUGAAAAAUCCAGACAGAUUCACAUUUAAAGGACUGAAUGCAAGUAGCGUUAAGAUGUUGGAUCUAUCCAGGUCGUAUAUUUUCGCUCUGCAGUUUUCAGUAUUCAGUUCCUUGUCAGACUUAGAAGAAAUAACAUUAGCACAAAAUCAGAUCAACAAGAUUGACAACGAUGCGUUUUUAGGCACGACAAGUUUAUUAAAGCUAAACCUGUCCAUAAACUACCUGGGUGCUAUUGAUUCUAGAACCUUUCAGAAUCUAGACAAACUUCAAGUGCUCGAUUUGUCUUAUAAUCACAUACGAGUGCUCGGAUAUCGGUCAUUUCAAGGGCUCGCCAAUUUACUUCAACUAAAUUUAACCGCAAACAGUCUCGAAUCGGUGCAUGAAUUCGCAAUCUUACCAAACCUAGAGAAGCUCUACUUGGGUGAGAACAGAAUUACGUCAUUGUACAUGUUACCACACAUGGCAAAAAAUCUCACAACUCUUGACCUGGAAUUUAACAAACUAACUGACCUGUCGGAUGUGUACACAAUAGUGCAGGGAUUUCCAAACAUCGAAAAGAUCUUUCUUCAAGGUAACGCGUUUUUCAGAUGUCAGGAUGCGAGACAUCAGACUACGGUAGUUUCAGGCAAACUUCAACUCCUUCAUCUUGGGCUUUCAUCCAUAGAGAUCAUCUGGUCAGGUGGAAACUGUUUAGACGUCUUCGAGCAUCUUCAUCAGUUACAGCAGCUCUCUCUGAGCGCCAACUUUCUACAAUCCCUCCCUAAAAACAUCUUCAAGGAUCUAACAUCUCUGACCUUUCUAGAUUUGUCCUUCAACUCUUUAAAGUACCUUCCCAGUGGUGUAUUGCCCAAAAGUCUACAAAUUCUCAAUCUGGAAUAUAACUCCAUUUAUUCAGUGGAUCCACAUCUCUUUGGUUCCCUCACGCAUCUCAGUCUGCUACAAAACCAGUUCCGGUGCGACUGCACCCUGAAGGACUUUCAGAUGUGGCUAAACGAGUCUAGAACCAUCCUCGUACAUCCUGCUGAAGACGUGACGUGUGCCAGUCCUGAAGAUCACUACAUGAUUCCUGUCUUGAGUUCCAGCAUACAAUGUGAAGACGAAGAGGACGAGACGAAUGUCGAAAAGCUGAGACGUGUGCUUUUCAUUUUCUGUACGGCCUUCAUCGUGUUACUCACCGCCGUCACCAUCAUUUACAUCCGUCGCCGUGGUUACGUCUUUAAGAUUUACAAACGACUCGCAGCCAAACUCGUGGAUGGAAAGCGAGAGGAUCCCGAAGCGGAUGGAUUCUUGUACGACGUGUAUGUCUGCUUCAGUUCCGGUGAUAUAAAGUGGGUGGAGAAAGCGCUGUUGAAGCGACUGGACUCGCAGUUCUCGGAUCAGAACGUCCUUCACUGCUGCUUUGAGGAGCGAGACUUCAUACCCGGAGAGGACCAUCUUACCAACAUGAGAAACGCUAUUCAGAGCAGUCGGAAAACACUCUGUGUGGUGUCGGAGCGCUUCUUGAAGGACGGCUGGUGUUUGGAAACCUUCACCCUGGCGCAGAAAAAAACAGAAGAGGAGUUAAAUGACAUUCUGCUGGUGUUGGUGGUGGGGAACAUACCCCCGUACAGGUUACUCAAAUACAAACCGAUAAGAUCACACAUCGAGAACAGAAGAUUCCUGGUGUGGCCUGACGACAGUCAGGAUUUACAGUGGUUUUAUGAGCAGCUUAUACACAACAUCAGACAAGACACAAAGGUGAAACGAACAGAUGAUAAAGCAGACGGGAGAGAGACUGAAGCAACACGCGUUCAUGAAGACACUGCAGUUUGAUUAUAGUUAGAUUCAUCACCUGACGAGAGGAAGAGUGUUAAAGGGAUGGUUCACCCAAAAAUGAAAAUUCUGUCAUCAUUUAUUCACCCUUAGAUUGUUCCAAACCUGUAUAAAUGUCUUUGUUCUGCUAAAUAUCUUCCUUUGUGUUUUGCUAAACAAAGAAAUGUAUAUAGGUUUGGAACACCCUGAGGGUGAGUAAAUGAUGACAGAAUUUUCAUUUCGGGGUGAACUGUCCCUUUAACAGAAACCCUUUUACGGUUCGGGGACAAAAGGUCUGAAAGUUUGCACAGCGAAUCACUGUUUUGCCUCCAACAAGUUUGUUUUUCCCUCUCAUCUGACCUAAAGAGAAGAACUGUGAUGUGAUCAUGACACAUCUUUCCAUUUUUUAAGAAAUCAAAAUGCAAACACAAUACAAGCACAGUUGCUUUUAAGCUAAUAUCUUACACUGUUUUGAUGAUUUAAAGAAAUGUGACAAAAUAUUUCACUCUGUAAAUAUGGAGAGCUAAUUUGACUAGAAUUGAUUUAAAUUUUCUAAAUAACCCCAUACCUCACUUUGCUCCUGGGCUUCAUCAAGAUUUCUUUUGAUUCGAGCUCUGUUGACAGUCUUUCUCUUCGUAUAAUCCAUGUAUAUAAAAUGCAUUACAUGCUUGACUCUGUAAAUAUGAUCUCUUACCUUCCACACGUAAACACGAAUACUACCGACACCACCUUUCUAUCAUUCCUCAGACGUUGCACAACAUUGCACACAGAUCUGUGGGUUAAUUCGAGACACUGUGUUUUUCAUAAGUUAUGACCUUUAUAAGGUUGUAUUUGUUAAUGCAUUAGCCAACAUAAACUAACAAUAAAUAAUACUUCUACAGCAUUCAUGAAUCUCAGUUCAUGUUAAUUUGGCAUUCACAUCUAUGGAAUCAAAAGUGUUAACAUUACUAACCGCACAAUGAACUUAAACAAUUGUAUUAACUAACAUGAACAAAGAUUAAUACACACUGAUGUUCAAGUUCAAGAUAGUUUGUGCAUUGACUAAUGUUAACAAAUACAACCUUCUAGUAAAGUGUAAACUUUUAAAGGAAAAUCAGGGAAACCUUUAGGGGCGGUUUACCUUUUUUUUACAAACCUUAUGCAAUAUUACAUGUGUACUUUAAAUUGUGACAAAACCAUGGCACUCAUGUAUUUUAAAACAAGUCUGUUUUCAGUUUAAACAGCUCUAACAUUUAAUAUCUGUCUUAAGCCCA